AUGGCAGAUGUCAAAAGAUCUUCCAUCAAUGAAGAUGAGCAGGGCAUCAUCCCUCGGGCCAUGGCUGAGGCCUUCAAGUUGAUGGAUGAGAACGAUCUGCUCAACUACACUGUCCGUGUCUCUUACCUGGAAGUGUACAAGGAGGAGUUCCGCGACUUGUUGCAACUGGACACGGCCAGCAAAGACAUCCAGAUAUGGGAAGAUGACAGGGGGAAUACAGUGCUGCACGGGGUGAAAGAAACAGAAGUGGAAGGUCUGGAUGAGGUUCUGAGCCUGCUGGAAAUGGGCAACGCGGCCAAGCACACGGGAAGCACCCACCUCAACAGGAGGUCCAGUCGUUCCCACACCGUCUUCACUGUGACCAUGGCACGAAGGCAAAACAGCAACUGCCUCACUCGCUUUGCCUGCCCAGGGAAGACUUUGGUGGCGCCGACCGCUGGGCAGGUUCUGAAGUCCAAGUUUCACUUUGUGGAUCUGGCCGGUUCUGAGCGGGUGGUGAAGUUGGGGUGUACUGGGGAGAGGCUGAAGGAGAGCAUCCAGAUCAACGCCAGCCUCUUGGCCUUGGGCAAUGUCAUUAGUGCCCUUGGAGACCCCCGCCGGAAAAGCAGCCACAUCCCGUAUCGGGAUUCCAAAAUCACCAGAAUCUUGAAAGGCUCCUUAGGUGGGAACGCCAAAACCGUGAUGAUUGCCUGCGUCAGCCCUUCCUCCUCCGACUUUGACAAGAGUCUGACCACUCUGAAUUAUGCCAGAUGGGCUCAGAAUAUCAAAAAUUGGGCCAUGGUGAAUUGUAGCAAGGAGAUGGAGCCCGUAGAAGCCCUGCAGCUGCGUAUCAAGAAGCUUCAGAGGGCCUUGGAACAGAGACACCGCUCAGAGACUCGCAUCAUCCGCCGAUCGGAGGUACCCAUCAAGGGUCACUUGGAGGAAAGCAUGGCUCACUUACGAGCUGAAUGCAACCACUACCAGACUCGCACAGACGCCGCCUAUCAGCUCUUGAUGGAACUGCAAGGGGAGGGCAAAUUGACAGAGGAACAGGGGCUCCGGGUGAAGGACUGGCUGUGUGCAGUGGAAAAUGGGGCAGGCGAGCCAAGUUUGACCUCCGGCGUAGACAGCGGGAUUGGAAGCACUUCGGCUGAGGAACAGCACUCCAAAACCUCCACUUCCAAGCUGGUCAAGACUCAGGAGGGGCAUCAACAAGGACCCGAGACAGUGGGACAGGAGGAAGUGGUGAGGCUGGAGGAGCAAGUAGAGCGCUUAGAGAAGGAGAACCAAGAUUUCUUGGCAGCUCUUGAGGAUGCUAUGGAGCAGUACAAAGCACAGGGUGCCAAAUUGCAAGAACAGGAAGACAUCAUCUCUGAACUUCAGAAGUACCUAAAGAUGGAGAUGCCCCAUUUGGGCAUGCCUGAACUGCUAGGAAAUGUCUCCCUGGUGCAGCUGGACCAAAGGCCACACACAGCUCCUAUGGAUGCAUACCAGUCCCAUCACUGGCUCAAGCUUGCCUGUAAUAACCAUAGGAAGCUCCACAGUGUCACAGUUCACAAUGGAGAAGACUCACUGGGACAAAGUCACAGUCUCGCUGGAGAUAAUAUGUACAGUCUAGGGACAAAGGAUAUAUCACAAAUGAAAACACUGGAUAACGUUUUGGAUUCAUCUUUGGAAGAUGAGAAUAGAUGUUGGCCAAUCUGGUCCCUUCAGCAAUAUAGGAACAGAACCCAUAGCUGGAGCAAAGAGGAGGUUUCAACCAAGAAGAAUAAAAAAUACAACUCAAAAUCCCCAGAGGGAGUCCAAGAGAAAUCUUUGGAGCUACCUAAAGAUGGUAGGCAACAAGAGCUGAGCAGUCCAGCAGGGAGCUUUCCAGGCAAGGAUUCAGAAUGGCAGCUCCUUCAGGCCCACCAGAAGAUCCGUGAGCUGGCUAUCAACAUCCGUAUGAAAGAGGACCUGAUAGUAGAGCUUAUUAAAACAGGCAAGCAUGCUCAGGCCAUGAACAAACAGUACCAGCAGAAGAUUCAACAUUUGGAGCAGGAAGCCGAGCAGGUGCGGAUGGAGCUGAAUGACGGCCAGAGGCAGUUGCAAGAGCUGGAAGGCAAAGAGCCUUGUGACCCUGCUGAAAAGUGGAAACUCCAGGAAUAUCGCAGCAAAGUGGAAGCUGCUCAGAGCAAGGCAAAGAUCCUUCAGGAGAAGAAACGGGCAACAGAGAGAUUGGCAUCCUUCUCUGCUCAAAACGAGAAACGCCUGCUGGAGCUAGAGAGGAACGUGCAGCUGAUGCGGCAGCAGCAAGGGCAGCUCCAGAAGCGUUUGCGGGAAGAAGUGGAGCAGAAGCGACGUCUGGAAACCGAGAUGCAGAAGAGACAGCAUCGGGUCAAGGAGUUGGAACUGAAACAUGAGCAACAUCAAAAGAUUCUGAGGAUCAAAACGGAAGAGGUAGCUGCCUACCAGAGAAAGCACAGGAGUGGCAGCAAUGACUCAAUGAUCAGUCUAGAACAGCAGCAGAAAAUUGAAGAGCAGAAGAAGUGGUUGGAUGUAGAGAUGGAAAAAAUCCUCAAGCAGAGACGUACCCUGGGUGAGCUGGAAGAUGAAUUGAUCAAGAGAGAAACAAUUGUCGCCAAGAAAGAAGCUCUCCUUCAGGAGAAGAAUGACCUGGAAAACAAGAGACUCCGGUCUAGCCAGGCUCUGAAUGAUGACAUUCUUCGUGUCUCCAGUCGUCUGGAGUACCUAGAGAAAGAGCUAACCCAGAGGAGUGGGCAGCUUUGUCACAGCAGUGCACAGGACCAGCAGCUCAUCCGGCAAGAAAUUAACAAUUUACGGCAGGAGAAGGACCAGUUGCUCAAACAGAGGUUGGAGAUUGAUGAGAAAUUACGUCAGGGCACCUUGCUAUCACCCGAGGAGGAGCGGAUUCUUUUCCAGUUGGAUGAAGCCAUUGAAGCCCUGGAUGCUGCCAUAGAAUAUAAGAAUGAGUCCAUUACUUGCAGACAGCGGGUUCUGAGGUCCUCCGCCAGCCUUCUGUCCCAAUGUGAGAUGAACCUUAUGGCAAAACUCAGCUACCUCUCUUCCUCAGAGACCCGGGCACUUCUUUGCAAAUACUUUGAUAAGGUGGUGACCUUGCGAGAAGACCAGCACAAACAGAACGUGGCAUUUUCCGAACUGGAAAUGCAGCUGGAAGAGCAGCUACAGAUGGUGUUUUGGUUGGAGGUGGCCCUAGAGCGUCAGCGCUUGGAGAUGGAUCGUCAGCUGACCUUACAACAGAAGGAACACGAGCAGGACAUUCAGCUCCUGCUCCAACAGAGUCGGGAACAUAUAGAAGGACAGGCAAACAGCAGGCUUCAGUAUGAACACAAGAUCCAGACAUUGGAAAAAGAAUUGGCUCAUUACAAAUGGCUAAACGAGGAAUUAAAGCAGUCAGAGGGACACAGUGGAGGUAUGGAGAGGAGCAUCUUUGCAGUUGGAGAUAGACCCAAUUCACUCAGCACACAUGAAGAUUUUACCAAAAAUAGCCAGCUGGAACCAUCCUUGCAGUUGGAGCCCUCAGAAAGGAAUCAAAAAAAGAGAGAAGAACCCCAGGACUUGGUGCAUGCGCCAUUACCAUCCACCUGGAGGCGCUGCUCACUGUCUGGUGCCAAUAAUUUGAUAGUGGAAGAUUUUCAUGAAAUGGAGACAGAUUUUCUCCUAAAGUCUAACCAAGCCAAGGAGAUUCUUUUGCCACCCAGAUACCGCAAAGAAUUGCACCGGGUCAGUCAGAACGCCAUCCCUGGGUUGUCUUAUCCAGAAAUCAUUGAUGUCAGAAAAAAUCCACUCUAGUUCUGAGAUGUUGACUGUUCCAUCUAAAAUAAACUAAUUAGCGCCUUCUGAAGAUAACUGCUCAUAAAUCGCCAAAAAGACAGUAGGUGGGUUCAUCCAUGAUGUAAAAUCGUUAUGCACAAUCUGGAGAAACAAUAGCUUGGGUUAACAAAAGGAUGAAGGAUAGCCGCUUUGGAUCUGAAGGACUGUCUCAUAGAUGGGGCAGAAUUGCUCCAGAAGACAGGACAAGAAACCAUAGAUCAGUGGUGUUCAACAGUGGCAACUUUAAGACUUGUAGACUUCAACUCCCAGUAUUCCCCAGCCAGCCAUUGGAGCUGAAGUCCACAAAUCUAUCGCUUUCCUAAUGAUAGAAAAUGUCCAACCAUGGAGAAAGACUGCCUCAGAAGCUGGUGGAGAUCUUCAAACAGAAGUUUGAUAGCUGCCUAUCAGAAAUAUUAUAUUGGUGGAUUAGAGAGAUGAUGAUAAGAUCCUUUCCAGCAUGCACAAUCUCCAGAUUCUACAAAUCACAUUCUGCUUUAAUAUAAUGAAUGAACCCAGUCAAAUGUUGAUAUCUUCACAGAUCUUUUACCUGGGUUUCGCUGGCUUUGUUACUUUUGUAUACAGGUGAAACUCAAAAAAUUAGAAUAUCGUCCAAAA